CAGGUCGCUGUGCGCGCGGGUUGUUUAACAUGUAUAGAAGUGUGUGAGUGUGUUAGUUUGGUUGGUUGGGCGAUUUUUUUUUUGUGAAAUCCGGGAUGGUCGAGGGUCCGGGCUGCGCGCUAAACGGGGAGAAGAUCGUCGGCCGCGUGCGAACGGGACAGGAAGUGCUGCAGGUGACCGGGCACGCGACACGUAAUGAGGGCUCAUCCUUCUCCAUCCUCACGGGUUCUCGAUAUGUUGGCACAGAGACCCUGGGAAAGGAGCUUUUCAUCUAUUUUGGUCCAAGAGCUCUGAGAGUCCACUUUGGGAUGAAUGGGUCCAUGAGGAUCAACCCUGCUGACCAGAUGGAUGGGAGCGGGAAGCUUGCAGCGCUCGAGAUCCGUCUCACCAAUGAUGUCAUCUGCUUUUUCGAUGCAGCUGUUGAAAUCAGGCUGAGAGAUGAUUGUGAACAAAAAGUUCGGAACAUGCAGACUUUGGACAUUUGCUCCCCCAAGUUCAGUUUCUCCAGAGCAGAAGAGGCCGUGAAGAAGGAAGGCGCCCGCAUGCUGUGCGACGUCCUCAUGGACCAAGCAGUCCUUCCUGGAGUGGGCAACAUUAUCAAAAAUGAAGCUCUGUUUAACAGUGGUCUCCACCCUGCCCUUAAGGUCAGCCAACUGACUGAUGGUCAGAUCAGCCAUCUGGUAAAGAUGACUCGUGACUUCACUCUACUUUUUUACAAGUGUCGAAAAUCUGGAGCUCCGCUUUAUAAACAUUUUAAAGUUUAUAAGCAGCCAAACUGCGGGCGGUGUAGUGGGAAAAUCACUGUCUGUCGACUUGGAGAGAACGGUAGGAUGACAUAUUUCUGCAGCAACUGUCAAAGUGGGGACCCGAGCCAGGUUAAUGUGAGCAAAGUGCCUCGUGGGAGCGGAUUGGGAGGCUGGCUGUCCAAAGAAGCGUCCGGCCACCGUGCAGGCGCAGAGGAAGAGGAGUGGGCCUGCACGCUCUGCACUCUUGUGAACGGCGCCAGCGCCAGGUCCUGCGAGGCCUGUUUGUCACCACGGAGUGAGGCAGGGAUUCCACCCGCAACUGUUCCCAAAGAGGAGGCGAAAGAGGAUUUUUCAUCUUCCAGCAGACAUUUGAUAAAGUACCCAUACAACGCCUUUGCCAAGCCACGAGAGGCACAGAGAGUCAACAGGAAGGCCGUCUUUGGGACCUCGACUCUGGUUUUCACCGAUUUCAGUGACGCCGCCCCCCUUGCGAGUGCCCCCCUUGCUUCACAGAGCGCCCGUUUGAAUUCUUUGGCAAGCGGCAGUAUGAAUAAGCAAAGUGUUAGUCGAGGGGAAUCAAGUCCAAAGUUUUUGGCUGGUUCGUCUUGCAAGAGGAGCUCCGACUUCUCCGGUGGGGAAUCCAUGGCCCCUUGCAGUCAGAUGCACAAGAAAAUGAGAAUUGAUCACGGGCCUUUUUGUGGUAACAAGCCACAAAGCGGGAGUUGUACCUUCGCAGUCACUGAAGUAAAAGUGAACAAGGUGGAUACUAAGCAGUUGUCUUCUCCCAGAAGCCCUUGCUGUGCGGUUCACAGACGCCCCUGUGCCUUGCGGGUGGUCAGGAAGGAGGGAGAUAACAAAGGUCGGCAGUUCUACGCCUGCUCUCUGCCACAGGAAACGCGGUGCGAUUUCUUUAAGUGGGCUGAUUUAUACUUCCCAACCUGUAAACACGGGAAACGAUGCCUGAUGAGAACGGUUCUGAAACUUGGACCUAACAAUGGACGGAACUUCUACGUUUGCCCUUUGGGAAUGGGCAGACAGUGUGACUUCUUCCAGUGGGCUGACACUCACUCAAUUUAGCAUAAGGACUACAGCAAAUGUAUUACAACUUUAUAAAGAGUGCAAUAAAUAAUUUUACAUUGUAGAACAAAAUAAGAGAACUUCACAAACAAACAUUGUUCAAAUAGCAGUGGCAUUAGCUGUAACUUAAAUCAGUUCAUCCUAUGCUUUUGUGUACUCAAGGAAUGUGAUACUGGGUCAGGAAGGCUGGUAGAAGCUAAUUGUUUUUUUUGCUGUUAACAUACAGUGUUGUGCUGAGUGCAAGUGAAGCAUUAAAUAAU